AUGGCGCGCAUCGAUAGGGCCGAGAGGGCGCCGUUACUCGCGACGAAGACGACGUCUCGCGACGUCGAGGUCGGGGCGGUCGAGAGGGAGAGCGAGCGAGCGAGCUGGAAGGCUGGAUGGAGUCGAGGGAAGGCGCUCGCGGCGUGCGGCGCGGCGGCGCUCGGGUUGGCGUGCGCGGUCGGGGUGAACGUCGCGUCGAAUGGGUCAGAGGGUGUGAUGUUGGAACACGCAGAUCUGGGUGGUCGACAGGCGAGCGCGUCGAUGGCGUCGGCGCGGCAGAGGACGCCUGCGGCUCAAAGACGGGCGCAGCGCGUCGCGACGAGAAAGCAGUCGAGGGUGACGGCGCGAGCGAAACUCGCGGCCGCGGACUCCGAAAAGGUAUACGAGGAGAGCGUACGCAGAAAGCUUCUUCGUCGAGACGCCGUGAUUCGCUCGAGAGGAGAAGAAAAGAUCAAGGAGGUGAAGAAGGAUGCCGAGACGCUCAUCGCGGACAUUCACGCCAGGGUUGAACAGCGGGCGAAAGCCAUCGAGAAGACGGCGCACCACGAAGGUACUGCGAGCGCGCUUCAGCAGGCGCAGCGAUCGAUCGAUGAGAUGAGAAAGGAGACGGAGAAGCGCGUCGCUCUGAUCAAAAACAAGACGGCGAGUCGAAUCAAGAUGAUUGAGGAAGUCACGGAAAAGCACACGUCAUCGCACGCAUCUUCGGAGUCACUCAAGCACUCUUCUCAUUCGCACGCAACAGCGACGCACGCUGUUAAACUCGGCGACGCUGAGAAUCCUGCGGCGAGCACUGAAGAUGCCGCUCUGGCUCAGGCGCAGACAACCACGCAGACGACCACGGAGUCUCCGCAGGCGCAGGCGGCGCAUCGACGAGACGAACGCAUCACGGCACUCGAGAAUCAAGCUGCCGAUCAGACCGCCAAGGUGACGGCCGUCGCCAAUGAUGUGAAGCAACAGGCGGCUAAGAUUGAUAACGUCGAUAACAAGGCGGAUGAGCAAGCUGAUGACAUUAAAAAAGUCUCCAAAGACGUCAAGGAACAAGAGGAGACAAAUGAGGAUCAAUCCGACGAUAUCAACAAGGUUGAGAAGACAACCAAGUCCACGCAAGAUGACGUCGACGACUUGUCGUCGAAGCAGCAAGAUCAGGGCAAGAAAAUCGCUCAGAACGAAGCAUCGAUUAAUCAGCUCGAUGCGCAAGUGCGAGCUGAUGACUCAAAGAUCAAGGAAGUCACGGAUGACGUGGAGAAGACUGAUAACAAGAUUGUGGAUGUCUCCACGAAGCAAGCUGCCGAAGUGAGGGAGCUCGACGACACUGAGAGGCGACUCGACAAUAAGAUCGAUGGCGAAAGCAAAGAGCUCGAGGAAACGCAGGAUCAGUUGAAGGAUGAGACCGAAAAGCUCGAAGACACGCAGGAUCAGUUGAAGGACGAGACCAAAGAGCUCGACGACACGCAGUCCAAAUUACAAGACACGACGACUAAGCUCGCGCAAGCUUCCGUAAAGGAACAAGGUGACGUUAACAAGCUUCAAGAUAAAAUUGAUGGCGAGGACAAGGAACUGGACGAGACCCAAUCCAAGCUGGAAAACGAGAGCAAAGAACUCGAUGAAACGCAAGAUGCGUUGAAGGACGAGAGUAAGGAGCUCGAUGAAACCAAGUCCAAAUUCGAAGACGAGACUGGCAAGCUCAAGGAUGCCACUUUCAAGCAAGACGGCGAAAUCGACAAACUUGAAGAAGUCACCGAAGGCACAAACAAGGAACUCGACGAGACUCAAUCCAAGCUGGAGAGCGAGAGCAAGGAACUUGACGAGACGCAAUCAAAGCUGGACGAUGAAAGCAAGGAGCUUGAUGCCACGGAGUCCAAGGUGGACAGUGAAAGCAAGGAGCUUGAUGAGACUCAAUCCAAGCUGGAGAGCGAGAGCAAGGAACUUGACGAGACGCAAUCAAAGCUGGACGAUGAAAGCAAGGAGCUUGAUGCCACGGAGUCCAAGGUGGACAGUGAAAGCAAGGAGCUUGAUGAGACUCAAUCCAAGCUGGAGAGCGAGAGCAAGGAACUUGACGAGACGCAAUCAAAGCUGGACGAUGAAAGCAAGGAGCUUGAUGCCACGGAGUCCAAGGUGGACAGUGAAAGCAAGGAGCUUGAUGAGACACAAUCCAAGCUGGAAAGCGAGAGCAAGGAACUUGACGAGACGCAAUCAAAGCUGGACGAUGAAAGCAAGGAGCUUGAUGCCACGGAGUCCAAGGUGGACAGUGAAAGCAAGGAGCUUGAUGAGACACAAUCCAAGCUGGAAAGCGAGAGCAAGGAGCUUGAUGCUACCGAAACGAAGCUCGAUGAAGAAACCAACAAGCUCACAGACGCUACGUCGAAGCACGACAGCGCGAUCAACCAACUGCAGCAACGCGUUGAAGAGGAGAAUACGGAACUUGACGCGACGCAAUCAAAGCUUGAGGAUGAAACAAGCAAGUUGAAGGAGACGGUGACGGAUCAUGGUAUGCAACUCGAGAAGCUGAAGCUGCGCGACGAUGAAUUGAACGAUGGACUCAAAGACGCUCAGGUGAAGUUCGACGGUGAAACGCAGCAGCUCGGUAAGCGAAUCGAUGAAGCACGAGACGAGCUGAAUGCUGCUACGUCGCGCAUCGACGACGAAACUAAGGAGCUGAAAGAGUUCUCGUCGAAGAACGGCGGGCGCAUUGAUGAAGCUUUGGAAGCUAUCUCUGGGAACCGCGAAGCAAUGGAGGCAAACCGCGAAGCGAUGGAGGCAAACCGCGAAGCAAUUAAGAACAUCACGGAGAUCAAGGACCAAGUCAGACGGCAUGCGGAUGAUCUCGUUGACCUCGAUCGUCGACUCGGAGAGGAAGAAGGUCAAGUUUAUAACGCGACGGCAGAGCUUAAGAAUCUCACGAUCAAGUUCGAUGAACACGCAGAUGCGAUGGAGGAAUUUUCUGAGAACAUGAAGCUUGAGCGAGAGAAGACCAGAGAACUCAUCGCUACCAUCGACGAAAAGGUUGGCAAGGUCCAGGAGUCGUACGACGAUUUCCGCCAGAAGAUUGAAGUAGAGAUGCAAAAGCUGGAGGAGAAAAUCGCCAAGCUCGAGCUGAGCGGCAGUGUCGACGAAAACAAAUAUCCAGCAGAGACGAAACAGUCCACGCCGACGGCGGAGAAUCAUUACCCGGUGUCGACUUCGGCGCCAGCGAACACGCCGACGGCGAAGAAUCAUUACCCGGUGUCGACUUCGGCGCCAGCGAACACUGAGCAAACAAGUCAGCUAUCCGGGCCAUUUUUUGAUCAGAAAUUCUAUCGCAUGCGGCCAGAGGGACUCGAACCCGACUUUGAACCAAAGAUGGACGAUCCAGCCGCAGAAUCUGGCGGGUUUUUCGCGUGCAACGUUCCUAAUCAGUGCAUGACUGGUAUGAAGAUGUUCACGCGUGAGAACCGACUUGUCGGGCUGCAGGGAUUAUGCGCUGGCGGCGCGAGAUCGACCGACUUGUUGUCUGGAUUCUACGACAUGUUCCCGAAGACGAGUACGAUAAAUUUUAACAAGUUCAUCGAGUCUGGAGAGGGCUCUGAUCGGGCCUGCACCAUGUCGUUUGGCGAAAACUCAGGAUCGCUUUUUAUUCGACGGGAGAAUGACUACGUGAUCGCCAUGUCCCAAGACGGAACCAAGGCGACACGAUGCGGUCGAGACGUUGAGACGGCGGCUUCCGUGCGGCAUCAGUGCCAAAAUCCCAGAGCUUGUAUCACUGGUUUCCACGUGAAGAACGAGUACGGCAAUCUGGAUGGAAACGCGCCGAAACGCACAGAGAACGACUUGGCAAUUUCAGUGGUUGACUUUGUGUGCUCAGACGGCAACUUCGCCGUCGACCCUAUCAAGCUUCGACCAGAUUACGGGCAAGUGAAAGUUCAGCCGGAGUUCACCGUGGGUGUGGCGAACACACCUAGGCACGACGGCACGAUGAGGCGCACGGUGACGCCAUAUCUGCGCCUCAAGACGAACACCGUGGUGAGCGACUCUUUCUUGAUGGCUGUAAAGGUUCGUGACAUAACCGAUUUGGACGUUACGGGAGGUUGGUGCACGCAACAAACGAUGCAAGCGUCUCUCAACUCGCCGCACACGUGCAAGGAAGGUGCCAAGCUCUGCGCCAAGCCAUCAUUCUUGUACAAUCCUGCGGGGAUGGAGUACGAGCUUAAAUUCGGUGAGCAGGUGUUCGAACUUCUCGAUCCUGAACGCCAUGAGAGCUCUCGCAUAGCGAUCUACAGCGAAGACACAUCGCUGCCGGAUCACGUCAAGCACUUCCCCAUGCCGAAGGAUCGCGAGUUCUUUCAGUUCGGUCGCAAGUACGAGGUGUGUGUUGCCGCCGUCGAGCGCUCCAAGUUCAAAAAUCUUGGUGCCUCGACGACGAACGGACCAUCGUCGAAGAACUUUUAUAACCGUCACCUGGAUGGGUCGGCGCAGUUCAUUGGUCUUCAACAAGUCGGUGAGAGACAGCUUCAAAUGCAAGGUGGACCGAAGCACUUCAUGGUCAAGGCACCGAAAGCGCCCUUGCGCUCUCGGAUGACUGAGCUCGAGUGCUUCUCCGGCGAAUGCGAUAUCUCUGGGUCCGUGCCGCCGAUCGAAGACAAGGUUAUUGAGUCUCAAUCGUAUCCGGCGAGACCAUCGUAUCCGGCAUCGCACCAGGCAAAAGCCGACGUCGGCGAAUUGACCGAGGAGCAGAUUGAACAGCGAGAAGCCACACACACGCUCGACGCCCGCCACAAGCUCGAACAGCUCCUGCACACCGGAGACGAAUCCAACCAAUAG